AUGUCUCGACGAGGAGGUGCACGAAAGCGACCGUCCGAUGCGGACAAAUUGAGUGACGAGGAGUACAUGCUGAAACGACAGAGGAAUAACGAUGCUGUGAACAGGACCCGGCAAAAGAAGCGUCAAGAAGAGGCGAAUACGAUGGUGAGGGUAGAAGAGCUAAGGAAGGAGAAUGCCGACUUGGAAAGGAAGGUCGAAGGUCUUCAGAAAGAACUAUCGUUUUUGAAAGAAAUGUUUGUCGCCUAUGCAUCAAGCAGACGACGAGAUUCAGAGUUGGAAAGCACCACGCAACAAUCGCAGCAUCAAGAACAGCAAAAGACCCGGCAAAAGAAGCGUCAGGAAGAGGCGAAUACGAUGGUGAGGGUAGAAGAGCUGAGGAAGGAGAAUGCCGACUUGGAGAGGAAGGUCGAAGGUCUUCAGAAAGAGUUAUCGUUUUUGAAAGAAAUGUUUGUUGCCUAUGCAUCAAGCAGACGACGAGAUUCAGAGUUGGAAAGCACCACGCAACAAUCGCAGCAUCAAGAACAGCAAAAGUAG